GACUUCAUGCGAUGCGCAGAGGCGGAAGACGAUGUGGGGAGCUGUUCUUGGUAUUUCGAUGUUUUUUAGUCCUUGAGUUUCUUUGAUGAUGUUGAUCUAAAUACGUAUAUUUUCGUAGUUCAAGUUGGUCUUGGUUACAGCACUUCGAAGACCAAACAGUCUUUGCUGAUAGUCAGUGAAGACAGGCAUGCUAGAGAACAACAUGCAAAUUCGCUGCCAUCAUCUAGAUCGUCUCUCAUCUCGCUUGCAUCAGGCAAUACGCGUACCUGCUGAUCCUGUUGAAUUUCGUUUCUGUUCCCUGUAGCACGUUUGCUGAAUACUUGAUGACGGAGGUCGGGUUGAGCAUCAGAGCCAUUCUGUCGAUUGCGGUGUACGAUGUCACGUGUCUUGAACUAGCCGCUCAUGUGACUGACCCUGCAAAGGACUUGAAUCUCAUCGCGCAAGUAUGACGUGACAGGAAAUAUUGUACUCAUACUCAAGAAAAACGGUAGCUUCCUUCAUCAUACUCAAGAAAAACGGCGACGUUUCUUGAGAACAAUGAAUGAGUACGCUUUUUCCUUUCAUACCAAGACGCCCAACGCUUCAUCGAGUUUACGCUUCUGGCACCACGUUUCCUCACAGCUCCUAUCCUCAUCGUAGCUGGGAUUGUCUACAUCUAUGUGUUGAUCGGUCCUGCUGUAUUGGCUGGC